GCACUCCAGUUGUUGGAAUUGUUAAAUGUGCAGGCUUAAGCGUGUUAGCAGGGCUGCUGUCUGAAAAGAAGAGGCUGGGACAGUCUGUAACACAAUCCUCCAAGGCGAAUAAAUAUAGCCCAGCCCAGAUGGCUGCAGAAGAAACAAUUCCCAGUGAUCCGACGUCUCUCCUGCUUCAGCAGGAGGUCCUUUGGUUGCCGCAGCAGCUGCCCAAUGUUGAGCCUUUGUAAAGUCACGGACUCUUUGUUUAUUAGCAAUGCUAGGUCAGCCUGCGCGGAAAAUCUCCUCGCUCGAGAAGGGGUGACGUUCUGCAUCAAUGUCUCCAGGCAGCAGCCAUUCCCCGACAUGCAGCCAGGGCAGACGUUGCGGGUACCGGUCUUUGACGACCCUUCGGAGGACCUCUACAAAUAUUUUGAGCGCUGCAGCGCGGCCAUAGAGCGCACAAUCCACAGCGGCGGGAAAUGCUUGGUGUAUUGCAAGAACGGUCGGAGCCGGUCUGCAGCCAUCUGCACGGCUUACUUGAUGAAGCACCACAAGCUCAGCCUACAGGAUGCCUUUGAGACUGUGAAGACCGCCAGGCCAGUAGCAGAGCCCAAUGCAGGAUUUUGGUCUCAAUUACAAAAAUAUGAAGAAUACUUGUACAUGCAGGAUCGGGUAGCUCCUUCUCAGAAAGAAACUUUACAGUAAAUAUAGUCUUGAUGCCAAUGGGAGUAUCCACUAAAAUGGUAUGUGCUCCAAAAGAACAUGGAGGGAUUGUGAAAACCAGCAAUAGGCUACUAUAGUUUGCCUCAUCCAGGAAAUGUUCUUCAGAUCUGCACAAGUUACCCUGAUGCUGAAAACUUUUGGCUGUCGGAAUAGAUGUGAAGUUAUAGGGGGAAAUGUUUCAGAUGUGAGACAGAACAAUUGUACUAUUUUCCUUGAAGAAAGUGAAAACAGUCUGUGGACAGCUGAUCUUCUAUCCUCGGGGACAUAUUUGGCAGUGGGAGCUUUAAUAUAUUGAGGAAGAGAAGGCUGAAACUAAUUAAAUAUCCAUUCUAAUGAAACACGGCUGUGUAUAUUUUAUUUCACUGACAACAUUAUACAUUCUGAAUAUAUUACAAACAUGCAUAGAUAUUGUCAUGACAAUCAGCCUAUAUCUAUCUCCCUCAGGUGAAUCAUGUAAUAUAACAGCAUGUUCUAAAUAUAUAGAUAGUGAAGAACUGCAGAAUGCAGAACCUCCUAAGGUGGUGUGAAAACUGUAUUUGCUGGAAUAUAAAAGGAAGAGUUAAUAUUGUCCAAAACAAUAAUCUAUUUGUAAUAAACUCAUGAAAAAAUUA